UCUGCCCUGUUUUAUAUUAUAGAUGAAACAUAGAUGUUGAAAGACUCUAAUACUUAGUAUUUAAUUCCAUGCCAAUUCAAAAAUAAAGGUGUUUAAUGAUCCACUAGUAGCUGCACAUGGACGGAGUUAGCUCACCUUUCGACUGAAACAUUGUGGUUAUACCCUUUUGUUUCUUAUUCAGGACCUCAAUUGAGAUAAUUUGCAUGCACAUUCACUUCUUGAGUUAUACAAGAAACUAUAUUACAAGUGGCUCUGCCUACCAAUUUUUCUAUUUAGCCAACUCUUCGGAAUGGAAUAUCACACCAGAUACAUUUACAUAAGCUACAGUUUUUCAACUACUAAACAUUAUUGAUUUUAUAUGUAGUUGUUGAAAGGCAUUCACACUUACCUCCUCCUAUGGAGUUUACCAUGAGGAGUUGCAAAUGUGAGCAGAAAUGCCCAGGAGGCCUGGUUACUGACAACCUUGGCCACCAGCAGCAGGACCACCCCAGCACAUGCCAAGUACAGUCCCACCAGCCCUCGUCAACCUACAGCCAUGCAUAUCAGCCCCAGCAGACAUCCUACCAGUGCCCACCCAGCUCUAGCGAGCCACAAGCUUCCCUUCCUCAGGCCGAUGUUGGUAGUUCUGAUUCUACUCCCGUGCAAAGAAGGACUAAAGGUCGGGGCCCCACGCGGUGCCUCAAACUGUGGAGAGAUGGCAAGCGGAUAUCUGUUACCAUCAAUGAACUGGGGCAGCCCAUUGGCCCUGAGGCACAAAAACUAACCAGCUUCCUCGGCACCCUGGCACGGGAUGGGCACUUGGCACCCCUUACUUACAUCAAUUGGAAGGCCAUGCCAGAUGCAAACAAGGAAAACAUGUGGCAGCAAGUUCCGCCAAAAUUUGACAUUGACCCCAAAGGUAAAACUUGGGUCCUGAAGUCCCUUGGCAAAAAAUGGAAAGACUGGAAGGCCAAGUUGAAGGCUGCCCAUUAUAUCACCCACACAACUGAUGAGGAGAGGCUAGCAGACCGUGAUGAGAGGGUCCUUCCGGAUCAGUGGUCAAACCUUAUAUUGCAUUGGAAUUCUGAGGAAGUAGAGAAACGCAGUGCUACAAAUAGGGCUAAUCGUGCUCAGCAGAAAUUUAACCACACAACAGGGCAAAAGAGCUUUGCACGAAUACGUGAGGAGCAGCGGGAAAAGAGGCCUGAUGGGAAGGAGCCAUCGCGGGCAGAGUUAUUCAUAUUAACUCGCACACGCAAAAAUGGGGAGCCUGUAAAUGAGGCAUCAUCGGCUCUGAUUGAACGUCUCCGUGAACGAGCAACUCAACAGCAAGAGACUUCACAGAACAGCACUGUCCAGAAAGACAUCUUCUCUCAAGUCAUGGGAGAAGAUAGACAUGGUCCCAUCCGCAAUUUUGGAUUGGGUCCCUCGCCUUCUGAUAUUGGGGUUGCAAAGCCCACACGUGCCGAGGCCAUUAGGAUGGUCUCAGAGGCUAACGCGGAGGUACGCGAGGUGAAGCAAAGAAUGGUGGCUAUGGAGCAGACAUGUGCUCAGAUGGCAGCGCAGAUGGCUACAAUGAUGUCAAUGAUGUCCAACAUGCAAACGAGGUUCCCUGACAAGAAUCAGACUGAUGUUGCCAACACCUCUAAUGGUUCUGAGGGUUCUCCACAGCAUCGAGUCCACUCCACACCAUCUUGCCAUGAGGCACCAUCUUAUGAGACACGUGCAAGGAAGAAAGGAAAGAUGCAGAAUGCACGCACCAACUAGGCGAGCGCUGACAUCGAUAGAAGCUGGACAGGUUCCUUUGAUCAGUUAAAAGCUUGCCUACAAUUUUCUGAGUAAGAAAGCGCUCUCGCACUUUUUCUAUUUUUUCCUCCGGGUUUGAGGGGGUGGUGUGGAGUAUGUGUUGAGGUGUGCUGUAGUUCAAUGAAACCUUUGAUAAGUUCAUCUCAGAAUAGCUGGAGCUAUAGUUUUGCCAGUUAUUUAUGCAUUGCGGCAGUCUCUAUUUUUCAUUUGCAAAGUUGAUCUACUUUUAUGACUAAUUUUUAGUUUUUGUUUGUUGGCAAUUUAUUAAAAGGAUGUACAGAGUGGAUCGCACUUUUAAUUUUGUAGACAUCUUUUAUGUUUAAUGUGCUGCAAGC